ACGACGGCUAGAUCAAUCUAGAUCACACCAAAUCAGUGCAACUAGCGGAAACCAAAGGGGAUUGGACGCUGCAAAAUCUGUGCGGGAUGUUUCGGUGCAUGGCAAGAAGGCGACAACGAUUUUUUUCUUUUUACGACCAUGAGGCUCUGAAAAGCCAUGAAGCUUCCGGUCCGGCUGCAACAGCUGCUGGCACUGCAAGCGAAAAUAGGAAGAUGUCAUCCGACGGACCGCCACAGUCUUGCAGGAUGUUUCGAGUCUUCACGCAUGAACCUGGGCGUUUUGUCUGGGUUACUUCCCGGAAGGAUAAUUACGAAUGAGAAAUAUCACAGGGUGAUAAUGAAGAGAGGGGGUUGGUAUGGAAACACAAGGAACAAGUUGUUAAUCUGGAACUUGCCCUGGGAAAGGAAGUUCAUCAUCUCGGUCUGGGACGGAGCGUUGGGAAGUUCUGGGAGUACUCGGGCUUACAGAACCGUCAGGGUCUCUCUUUUUUUUUUUGGUCGUACCAGGGGGAUGGAAUGCGUCGACGAUCCGGGCAUCUGGGCUUGCAUGAGCCACCCCUGCUGCAGUGUCGCAGAGCGACUUGCUCCCGGCAGCGAGGGUGAGGUCGACACUCGACCACAGCUGCGACGAAGGGCGGACACAUGAUCAUCUGGAAGGCGGUAAUUGUAUUUGGGCGUAUUUAAUUUGACAUUUAAUGAAGUUUCUCGCAAAGAGCACGGG